UCGUAACCGAUAAUCCCAUAAACUUGUCUUUGUUGUGAUUCUUUUCCUUGUUCCCAUUCUUGUCCAAACAAGAAAACAAAAAAUCUCGAAUUCUUGAAACCCUUUCUCUUUGUUCAGUUCUUGAUCGGUGCUAUGUGAGUUGCGUAAGGGGAGAAAGAGUUUCUGUCCGUGAAACAUAUAAUAAGUAAGGAGCUAGAGGACGAAGACGAAGAAGAAAGAUCAGAUUUGAGAGAUGUUGCAGAGAGCUGCAAGCAAUGCGUAUUCAUGGUGGUGGGCAAGCCACAUUCGGACAAAGCAAUCGAAAUGGCUCGAGCAGAGCCUUCAAGACAUGGAAGAGAAAGUGCAAGCGAUACUUAAGCUAAUUGAAGAGGAUGGAGACUCGUUCGCGAAGAGGGCUGAGAUGUACUACAAGAGGAGGCCGGAGCUCAUAAGCAGUGUAGAAGAAGUUUACAAGGCAUUCCGGGCAAUGGGAGACCGUUACGACCUCUUAUCCAAAGAACUCCAAAACGCCAAUCAUACAAUUGCAACUGUGUUUCCGGAACAGGUUCAGUUUGAAAUGGGGGAGGACGAGUACUGUCCUACCCCAAAAAUUCCGGAGAAACCACAGAUCCCAGAACUGAAUAUGCUGAACGUUCCACAAGUUCCCAAGGCACCAAGUCCGGAUUUGAAGAGGAUUAUGUCUGCAGCUUCAAAGCAACUCCACCGCAGGAAAUCAACAAAAGUAGAAAAUUGGAUCAAAGCUGCUGAUGUGAAAUCUGGUUUGACCAAAGAUGAAGCCUUGGCGGAGAUAAACAAGCUUCAGAAAGAGAUUCUAGCAUUGCAGACCGUAAAAGAGUUUGUCAAGAGCUCCUAUGAAAGCGGGGUGGCAAAGUACUGGGAGAUGGAGAACCAGAUCAUGGAUAUGCAGAAAAGGGUGUCGAGGUUGCAAGAUGAGUUUAAUAUGGGCAGUGUUAUUGAGGAUGAUGAGGCUCGGACUUUAAUGGCUGAGGCCGCCCUUAAAACGUGUCAAGAAACAUUGGCAAUGUUGCAGGAGAAGCAAGAAAAGUCGACGAGAGAAGCAAGAGAGGAAUAUAAGAAAAUUGAAGCAGCCGGUCAACGCGUGCAGUCCCUCAGACAGAAGUUUAUGCGAGAACAAAAUGAUGAAAAAGAGCCGAGUGAAGGUGAUGAAAAGUGUACGAAGGCAAAUAGCUCAGGUAAAGAUGUGGAUGCCUUGAUACAAGAAACGAAGGAAAUUGAAGCUUUCGGGGAUAAUACUAAAGAAAGCUUGGAUUUGAGCUCAUUGGCAAAUCUGACAGUGUCUCAAAUGGCAGAGAAGAUUGAUCAGCUAGUCAACAAGGUGAUCAGCUUAGAAACUGCAGUAUCGUCUCAGACAGUUCUUGUGAACACGUUAAGAACAGAAACUGAUGAUCUUAAUGCACAGAUUCGGCAUUUGGAAAAUGAGAAUGAGAAUCUGAUCGAUGACACUCAUAAUUUAAGCAACAGGGUGAAAGAAAUGGAAGAAAAACUGAACAAGAUCCAGGAUUUGAACAAGAAUGUCGAAAACCAUCACAGCAGUCUCCAAUCAAACUUUGCUGAAGCUCGUUGCAGUCUUGAUCACUUGUCUGAGAGACUAUCUAGUGUAAAACCAGACGAUGAGGUAGAGGAACCCGAUUCGUCACCUUAUGAACACAAGUUCCCCGGGGAGCACAAAGAUCACAAAGACGUGCCAGUUCAAGGCGAGAGUGCUUCCAAAAUAGAAGCUGUAGAGGAUGUCAAAGAAGUGGAUGUUGAUAUCCAGGCUUCUGAUCCAUCUGCACCUAAAGGAAUCAAAAAAUCAGUUUCAUUCUUUGACCGGAAGCCAAAGGAACAGGCUCCUGUGGAUCACCCCAAUGAUCCUGACAAAGAGAUAAACUGGCAGGAGAUGCUCUUAAGUGGCAUGGAGGACCGAGAGAAGAUUCUCCUUAAAGAAUAUACAACGAUUCUUAGGAACUAUAAGGAUGUCAAGAAGAAGCUAAGUGUUAUGGAGAAGAAAGAAAGGGAUAGCCAAUUUGAUAUAACAGUGCAAAUUAGAGAGCUAAAGAAAGCUAUUACGAAGAGGGAUGAAGAAAUUCAACAUCUACGACAAAGGUUAAACCUUGUGCAAGGAGAUAUGGAUGUGAAGGAAGAUACCAGCCAACAAUCUACUUCUUCGGGAGACCGGAGUGUUAAGCCUGAUUCAGGAAAUGAGGAUUCGGAUGUAACUAAAGAUGCCAAUAUUCCCAUCACAAAACAAGACGAUGAAAUCAAAUUGGUUUUCAUGGACAGCGCCCCAUCCACCUCGAAAGUUGAAGAAAAGCUCCGGACAGAUAUCGAUGCUUUACUAGACGAGAACCUGGAGUUCUGGUUAAGAUUUAGCACUACGUUUCAUCAGGUGCAGAAGUUCAAGAAUGAAGUUCAAGAUCUACAAGAUGAAACAUCGAAACUCAAAGAGAAACGGAAACCGGAUGGGAAUUUUCCAGCACAAAUAAAAUCAGAAGUCAGGCCAAUCUACAAGCACUUGAGAGAAAUACAGACGGCACUACACUUGUGGUUGGACCAAAGCAUGUCGCUGAAAGAUGAGCUGAAACAAAGAUUUGCAUCAUUGUGCAGCAUUCAGGAGGACAUCACGAAAGCUUUAAAAGAAGGCGUCGAGGAGGACGAAAUCAGAUUCAGCAGCCAUCAAGCUGCAAAGUUCCAGGGUGAGAUUCUUAACAUGAAGCACGAGAACAACAAGGUCAGAGAAGAAUUGCAGGCUGGCAUAGAUCAUGUCCACAAACUUGAACUUGAAGUCGAAGAGACGCUAAAACAGUUGAACAGUGAGUUUGGCAUUUCUAGUGAUCAACAGGAUAGUUUGAACCGGCCCCGAAUUCCUCUACGCUCGUUUAUCUUUGGAACCAAGAAGAAACAGAAGCAUUCUAUUUUCUCCUGCAUGCAUCCCUACAAAAGAUACCAUGUCUCCAAGGCUUCUUCUCGUAUUUCAGAUCGUUAACUUUUAAUCUUAUUUUUCUUGAGGUGCCUCUUUCCUUGUAGAAGUUCAUGUAAUGAUAGAUGAAGGGAACUUUUGUCCUUUUUAUUUCUUUUUUAAUGGUUUUUUCGGGUCGUCUGGAGCAGGAAUAGCUUCCUUGUAAACUGUCACAUUCCCCAAGUUUGUAGA